AUGCUGUUAAUCACGUCAACGUGAAAUAUAAGAAUGAAGUCGGUCUUCGUUUUGUGCGUGCUCAUAGCUGCCGUGUUCUGUAGACCAGAAACCUAUGAUAGUCGAUAUGAUGAUUUCGACGUGCAGUCUUUGGUGGGAAAUAUCCGGUUGCUAAAAGCUUACGGUAAUUGCUUCCUCGGUAAAGGGCCUUGCACUCCUGAGGGAAGUGAUUUUAAAAAAACUAUCCCUGAUGCAUUGAGAACCAGCUGUAAGAAAUGUACACCUAAACAGCGCGAGCUCAUUCGUACCGUAGUUAAGACUUUCCAGAAGGAGACUCCUCAACUUUGGCAAGAGUUGGUUAAGAAAGAGGAUCCAAACGGUGAAUACAAAGAAGACUUCACGAGGUUCAUCAAUGGUCGGAGAGUAGAUUAUCUUAACAAGAUGAAGAAUCUAUACAUGCUAUUUUUCGCAGUGGUAUCUGUGAAAGCCUUAGACCAUGAAGAUUUGGACAUCGACAUCUUACUAUCUGAUUCUAAUCACUUCGAAAACAUCGUUAAUUGUUUUUUGGACAAGGUUCCAUGUGACGAUGUCGCUGCUUCGUUAAAAAGUGAUCUACCUGUUGUGGUUGAAAGUAGUUGCGAUAGAUGCACACCUAAAGAAAAACAUAUAGUAAAAGCAUUCAUCGAUGCAUUCAAUCAAGCACCCAAAUUAUUCAAGGACUUUAAAGCCAAAUACGAUCCUAAAAGAAUAUAUUUAUCAAAUUUAGAAGCUGCGGUUGCCGCCUUUUAA